AUUUUUGACGUUCCACACCGUUAGCGUGACGAUGACGGCCAGACCCUGACUGAACCCCAUGGCCAACAACCGAGGGCAAUGAGGAUUAUCAGCCUGAACGCAAACCCGCCAGUACCCUGCCCCUAUCCAGGAGCCAAAGCAUCGCAUUGUUCGUUCUUUGCCUCCUUCGGGGAUGUGGGGAGGAGGAGUGAGUGGUGUACAGAUGUUGGGGGGGGUGCCGUGACUCCUCCAUCGAUCCUCGCCACUGAGGAGCACGCGGGUGUGCACCAUUGCCGUGCCCCCUGCCCCCCCCCCCCCACAAGGAUUUGACUCGAAAGCGCCGCCCUGCAUGUGCGCGGGAGAGAGCGAGCGAGAGCAUUCGCGCUCUCCCCAGGAACGCGGCUGCCUACUUAUCCCGCUGGAGCUCCGGAGUGGAAUCCCAGCUCCCGCAGGCGCUGGAUGUCAACGAGAGGCCGCACUUCUCCCCCUCCCCCCGGCCCCGGGCCCCUGGGCACCAGCACCGCACCCAUGACCGUGAGGACCUGGCCGGCUUACUGCUUCGGGUUCAUCCUGACAUCAGAACUGUUUGUCUGGCACGUCACAGGCCUACAGUGCUAUGCCUGCAAUGUCGGCUCGACCCGCAAAACCAUCGAUGUGGGCUGCUUCCACCCCGAGGUCGUCACCUGCUCCCAGUCCCACAAGGGCUUCAAGCACCGCUUCUGCAUCAAGACGGAAAACAGUAAGUCCAUCGCCGGCCCCGCAGCCCGUCCCACGCCAGGUUCCCAGCAGGCUCUGGGCUCAGGGCUGCUGUUGUGGGAUACCAGAAUGUUUGGGGUCAGGCUGUUUGAUCACUUGGACGCUGGGUGUCAUGAAGGUGUCCCGGCCAAUAUCCUACAUGAAUGCGUCCCGCUGAUUGAUGCACGUGUGGCGGGAGAUCCGACGCACGCCGGAAACUUCCAGAUUGAUAGCGGGGACCCGGGGAGCGCUCGGCUGCUAAUCGCUUCUUCCACUCCACCCCCGACGAGACGGAAACACGGCUCCCAGCUGCGCCCCGAGGUGAACGAGGCACAGUCACGACCCCGCAAAGUUUCCGGAAUCAGCCUCUUGAUCGGCUGCCUUUCAUUCCUUUCCCGCUUUGCUCGGAGGAAGGGAACAGGUGAUGCUGGGUAA